AUGGUUUUUUAUUUUCAUUUCACAUUAUUUUACUUCAAUUUAAGAUUUAUUAUAAAACCUUCACAAUUACUUUCCUCGCCAGGUGGAAAUACUCAAUUAAUUGAUGUAAUUACUAAUUUACUUGGAACUCCAAAAAAUGAAUUACUUGAAUUGUCAGAAUCAAUUCCAGAAGAGGAUAUUCAACAAAUUUAUAAAAUUAAUAAUACAAAUUGUGAAAAUAUAUUUAAACAAAUAAGCAAUUUUGAAUAUGGACGCUGUAAAAUUGUUAAAGAAAAACAUUUUGUUUAUGUUAAUGGAAGACAUAUUGAAUCACAAAGGUUAUCAAAAAUUGCAAAUGAUUUGUAUGGUCAAUACAAUAAAUGUGGACAACGUUGUAUUUUAAUUCUUUUUAUUUCCAUUCCUUCAUCAACUUUGGAUGUAAAUGUUACUCCUGACAAGAAAACUUUAUUUUUACAUUUUGAAAAAGAGCUUUUUGCAAAACUCCAUUCAACACUCAUUUCCACUUUUUCAAAAGUCCAAGGCGAAUGUUCAACUACUUUAUUUGAAGAUUUAGUCCAAAACAAAUCUUAUUCAUUAGCAAAAUCCCAACGUUUAUUUUAUGAUUUUAAAUCGUCUACUAAUCUUUUAAAUAAUUUGAAAAAAUUGGAAAGAACUGACAGUGGUGGGUCCACGAAUGUUGUUCAGAUUGAUGAGGAUGAUGAUUUUUGUCAACUUUCUACUUUGUCAUCAAUUACUAAAAACCAAAUUCAAAAUAAAAUUCAAACAACGACAAAAACUCCAAUAAAACGAGAAAUAUCUGCAUUAUCUUCAAAUACUUCCCCACAAUCAUCUAUAUCCUCAUUAUCUUCAAUAUCAUCAUUGUCAGUACCUUCUGCUUCAUUAAUAUCAUCACUAUCUUCUAGUCCAUCUUCCAGUUCAUCAAACUCAACCCAACCGGAAAUUAGUCAAAAUUCAACAUUAAUCCCUUCCCCAACUUCUGAACGUUCACUUCCAAUAAACUCUUCUCCAUCUUCUAUAAAACAACCAAUAAUUGCUGCCUCUUCUUCUUCAAAUAAUAAUAUUUAUCGUCCUCAUCAAACAAUCAAAAUUAAUUUUGAAGAUUUAAAAAAUAAAAUUUUGAAAAGGAAAAAAAGGGAAGAAAAUAGAGAAAAGAUAAAAGAAAAAUGUUUAAAUUCAAUUGAAGAAGCAGAAUUAAAUUUUGAUGAAAAUAAUGCCCAAGUGGUUAAAAAUGAAAUUGAGAGAAGGCUUUCUUUGAUGUUGAGUAAAUCAGAUUUUAAACGAAUGCAUUUAAUUGGACAAUUUAAUAAUGCAUUUAUUUUAACUCGACUUGGCCCCCAUCUAUUCAUGAUUGAUCAACACGCUGCAGAUGAAAAAUAUAAUUUUGAAAUGCUUCAAUUAACAACUACAAUAAAAUCACAAAAAUUAUUUAAAGCUCAAUUGUUGAAUUUUGGUCCGAUGGAUUUUGCUUUGUUAAGAGACAAUUUGGAUUUAUUUAAUAAAAAUGGAUUUGAAUUUGUUUUUGAUGAUGAUGAAUGGGAAGAAGAGGAAAGUCAAAAUGACAUAACAACAACCAACACCACAAUAACAACCACUAAUACCAUUCAAAACUCUUCAGCACGUCUUGUUGCUUUACCAAAUAUUGUUGGUCACAGUUUUGAUAAACAUGAUAUUGAUGAAAUCCUAUCAAUGAUCGCGGAAAUGCCUGGUCAAUUACACAGACCUCGAAAAGUCAGGUCUAUUUUUGCUUCAAAAGCUUGUAGAAAAUCUGUAAUGUUUGGGCAUCCACUUUCUGAAUUUAAAAUGAAACAAAUUAUUGAAAAUAUGGGAAAAAUUGAACAGCCGUGGAAUUGUCCACAUGGAAGGCCUACAAUUAGACAUUUAUGUACUGUUAAUUUAGGAUAA